AUGUCAGCAAGAAAGUCUGACAAACCUAAGAAACUUCUCACUACUGUGAAUUCAUCAGGGUACCCAUAUCCUGGACGAAGCUCGUCAAGUAAGAGGGAUCCAGUCUACGACACGGCCAACACCGUCCUCGACGUGGUGGCGAAUAUAGCCGAGGGAUCAGAUAUACUCGCUCCUCUAAAGGCAGCUUGUCGAACAACAAAAGCCAUCCUCGAAACCAUCCAGGGAAUAGAGAACAACCAAGAGGAAUGGACCGACCUAGUGCGACGGCUCAAGGAAUACAUGUCAGCACUCGAGAAACAGAUCGCCAUCUUCGAGUCCUAUCCUCAAGAAGAUCGAGCUGUCGACAAGGCAUUCAGGCAACCACUCAUCCACUAUGUGAAAUAUUUGGAAGGCAUCCACGACAUGGCUAUUGAAUUGAACCAGAAACGUAACCGCAAGCUCGGCUUUUUGAAAGCAUUUAGCAAAGUCAAAGUUGAUGCAGAACAGAUACGGAAACUCAAUCGAGAUAUGGAGGAUCAGCAUAGCCAGUUCAUGGAAGCGCUGGCUCUUUUUACUGGGAUGCAUGUUCAAGCCAUCAAACGGACAGUCAACGCAUCUACAAUACUUCAGCUGCCUACUAUAACGUUUGUCGCAUCCUCAGUCCACAACACCUGUCUCGAUGGAACGCGCAAGGAUGUCCUUCAGAUGAUCUGGGACUGGGCCGACAGAGACUCGUCGGAGAAGCCGAUAUUCUGGCUUUGCGACAUUGCCGGCUCUGGGAAAUCAACAGUAGCCAUGUCUACAGUGGAGAACUGGCGAAGGAAAGGAGCGCUUGGUGGCGCAUUCUUCUUCUCCAUGUCUAGUAGCGAGGCGUCGACGACCGAAAAAUUUUGUUCAACCAUUGCAAGGGACCUUGUCUACUACAUUCCCCAGUUGGCACCGCACAUCGCCGAGGGUAUCAAGCGGAACCCCUCCAUCAUGCGAAGUUCGUUUCUAGAACAGUUCCAGACCCUCGUCAUCGACCCCCUAAACCUUCAGCAGGAGCGCGUCAUCCUCGUUCUCGACGCACUCGAUGAAUGCAGGUCUGCAUCGCAGAGACGAGAGCUUGUCCAAACUAUUUCGACUGCUGUUCGAGGCAGCAAGAAUCUCAAGAUAUUCAUGACGAGUCGACCGGACCCCGUCAUUCAGGCGGUCCUCGGAUCCCUCUCGAUCAAAUCCAAGUUGGAGGAUCGCCUGCACGAUGUCAGUCAUCGUGACAAUGUCGAUGAUAUUGCGGUCUACAUACAUCGAACGCUAGAUGGAGUGUUGCCGGAGGACAAGAGGCAACGAUUGAUCGAAAAAGCGAACGGAUUGUUCAUUUGGGCGAGCACUGCAUGCCGGAUGCUCACCAAUGAAACCACUCUCAACACUCCUGAGAACACAUAUGAUCAGCUGGUAUCUUUGGAUCGACCUGGAGCUAUAGACGAAGUGUAUAGGCUCGUCUUGGAGCGCAUAGACGCGGAUUCUCGCCGGGUUAUGUGUCAAAUGCUUGCUAUGGUACUUGUAGCGUUCGAGCCGCUGACCGUAGACGAUUUGGACGACCGUCUAAAACUUGCUGGAAUUCAAGGUAGUGGUAAAGCGUUGGUGCAGAAUCUGGGGAGCGUACUUAGCGUGGACCCACGUACAAAUCUGAUUCAAUUCCGCCAUCCCACACUCGUGGAGUACCUUCGACGUUGCUCCGUCCCGACUGUCAACAACCGCCAUAACGUCUUCAUCGACGUAGCCAAUGCACAUGGUCAAGCGGCAUUGUGGUGUCUCAAACGCCUCAGGUCCCCGACUGAUGGCCUGAAGUUCAACGUCUGUCAAAUUGAGUCAUCUUUCUACCUCAAUAGACAGCUCCCGGACCUUGAGGCCAGAGUCUCAAAGUUUAUUUCAAAAAGACUCCGAUAUGCCAGCUCCCAUUGGUUGUUUCAUGUAUCGGAAACCAGCGACAACUGGCGACGUGCGUUCAAAAGCGAACUUCUAUGGAUUAUUCAAAGCCCAUAUGUGUUUUAUUGGAUGGAGAUUCUGAGCUUCACUGGAGGAGUGUUGCGAGCGAUCGCCGGUCUUCAAGCUGCGAUAGGUCAAGCUGGAUUUGAAGAGGAUAUUAUAGGUAGAAUCAUUGAGAUCCGGCGGUUUUUGAUAGUAUUUUCGGUGCCGAUCCAGGACAGCGCUCCACAUAUCUACAUCUCGGCGCUUCCAUUUACUCCCACAAAUUCGAUCCUACAUAGGCUGGAGGAGACCUACCCGGUGCUUCCUAGAACUCUGCAAGGACACAAGGGCAGGGUGCAUGCUGUUGCAUUUUCGCCAGACGGCUCGCGAAUUGUCUCUGGCUCGGAGGACAGCACAAUACGACAAUGGGAUGCAGAGACCGGUAAGCCAUUGGGAAGGCCACUCAGAAGUCAUGAACGCUCUGUGAACGCCGUCGCAUUCUCACCAACCGGCUCACAAUUUGUCUCUGGUUCGUCGGACAAUACUAUCCGACUGUGGGAUACAAGUAGCGGUCAGCUUCUGGGAGAGCCGCUUCAAGGUCACGAAGCGUCGGUCAUCACUGUUGCAUUCUCGCCAGACGGGUCUCGAAUCGCCUCUGGAUCCGACGAUAGUGUGAUUCGAUUAUGGGACGCUAACACUGGUCAUCAUCUCGGAGACCCAUUACGAGGUCAUGGGGGGUCCGUCUUAGCCCUGGCGUUUUCGCCAGAUGGUUCACGAAUCGUCUCAAGCUCGGGAGACCGGACGGUUCGGCUGUGGGACCCAAAUAUCGGUCGCGGUCUAGGUACUAUAUUUGAAAGUGACAGUGCCAUUGUUUGCGCUGUUGCGUACUCACCAGACGGCUCACGGAUUGCCUCGGGUUCGGAGGACUCGUUAGUUCGUCUGUGGGAUGCGAAUAGUGGACUAUUACUGGGAGUGCCAUUCCAACCUCACUUCUAUUGCAUCUAUGCCAUCACAUUCUCCCCAGAUGGCUCUAGAAUUGUCACUGGCUCCCAUGACUAUACGCUAGGCCUAUUGGAUGCAAAUACUGGUCAGUUAAUAGCAAUGCUGCGCGGCCACGAAGGCAGAGUCGUAGCGGUAGGAUACUCGCCCGACGGCUCACGGAUCAUCUCCGGCUCAUGGGACACAACGAUUCGACUCUGGGACGCAGAUACUGGUCAGCCUUUGGGCACACUCAACAGUCAUCAAUACGGCGUGGCGGCCGUCACAUUCUCACCAGACGGGGAACGGAUCCUGUCUGGCUCACGAGACAAGACUCUCCGACUAUGGGAUACAGCUACCGGUCAACCGCUGGGAGAAUCGCUUCAAGGUCACGAAGAUCCAAUUUUGGCCCUCGCAUUCUCACCCGAUGGCUCGCGAAUUGUCUCUGGCUCGCAAGACAACACAAUUCGUCUGUGGGAUGCAAAUAAAGGACAACAAUUAGGAGAAUCACUAUUAGGCCACAAAAUGCCGAUCACGGCCGUCGCAUUUUCCCCAGAUGGCUCACAAAUUGUCUCCGGCUCGGAUGAUAAUACAAUUCAACUAUGGGACGCCCAAGUUGGCCAGCCAUUGGGUGAGCCUCUAAAAGGUCAUGAGGGCUCCGUCUUAGCCAUUGCGUUCUCGCCAGAUGGCUCACAAAUCAUCUCUGGCUCAUCGGACAAAACCAUCCGCCUGUGGGAUGCACUCACUGGUCAGCCGCUGAGUGAGCCAUUGAGAGGCCAUGAAGGGGAGGUUAGUGCAGUCGGAUUCUCACCAGACGGCUCCCAGAUCGUUUCUGGCUCUUCUGACCACACCAUUCGACUGUGGGACACAGCCACUGGUGAACCGUUGGGAAUCCCACUCCGAGGUCAUACAUCCUCCGUCACGGCUGUUGGAUUCUCGCCGGAUGGUUCGCAGGUUGUCUCUGGCUCAAUUGACCACACAAUUCGAAAAUGGUCCGCAUAUACUGGUCAGCAGUUGGGGCAGCCACUCCGAGGUCACGACGACGCAGUGUGGGCUGUCGCGUUCUCACCGGAUGGUUCACUCAUCGUCUCUGGCGCGGAGGACGGUACAAUUCGCCUGUGGGACGCAAAAAUUGGACUUUGGGAUGCAAAGAUUGGCCCAAUGUUGGGAUGGCCACUUCAUGGUCACACAUCUUACGUUUGCGCUGUCACAUUCUCUCCAGAUAGUUCACGAAUCGCGUCUAGCUCCUUUGACAAGACAAUUCUCUUGUGGGAUGCAGAAACAGAACAGCCAUUAGGAGAAGCUCUCCGUGGUCACCAAUCCUAUGUGUACUCUGUUGCCUUCUCUCCAGAUGGCUUACAAGUCGUUUCUUGCUCUGAAGAUACAACAAUUCGAUUGUGGGAUGCAAUGACCGGCCGACAGCUGGGAAGGCCACUCCGAGGCCACACAUCAUCUGUUUAUACUGUUGCAUUCUCACCAGACGGUUCACAGAUCGUCUCCGGCUCGUCGGACCGGACUGUUCGAUUGUGGGAUGCAAAGACUGGCCAGUCGUUGGGAAAGCCACUUCGAGGUCACACAGACUUGAUACUCUCUGUCUCAUUCUCACCAGGAAAUUCACACAUCGUCUCGGGGUCCUGUGAUAAGACCAUUCGAAUUUGGGAUGCUGACACUGGAUGGCCUUUGGAUGCACCCCUCCGAGAACAUUUUCUACCGAUUAAUGACGUCGCAUUUUCACAAGACGGUUCUCGGAUUGUCUCAUGCUCGGACACCCGGGCACUUAUCCUGUGGGAUACUAUGACUAGACGGCGGUUGGGCGAAGAACUCUUUGGCCACCAUUCCUCCGUCCAUGCUGUUGCCUUCUCACCAGACAGUUCGCGAAUUGUCUCUGGUUCAUCAGACUGUACUAUUCGAUUGUGGGACGCAAAAUCAGGCGAGCCGUUGGGAGAGCCAGUUCGAGGUCACGAAGACUGGGUCUCAUCUGUCGUAUUCUCGCCAGAUGGCUCAAGAGUUGCCUCUGGGUCCCGCGAUACGACGAUUCGACUCUGGGAGACAUCCGGUGGGUGCCGCUCCAACCUUGUGGCUUGA